CCAAGAGACACUGUGCGGGUCUUUCUCCCGAAAAAUGCCACCGUUUUAGCCAUCCAAACAGUACAAGACACCGGGAAAAUGGACAUAAACAUCAUCCGGAAUCCCUUCUGGACAUCAGUGCCAAAGUUGUGGCACUUAAUAUUCCCUUUCAGCAGGUAGAGGAGAGAUUUUCGCGCAUUCCGGAGCCCGUGCAAAUGCGGAUUGUGUUCUGGUCAUUUCCACGUAAUGAGAAGGAUAUUUGUAUGUACUCAUCGCUUCACCAUUCCACGGUCAGUGAAAGCGAAUAUCAAAAGUUGCCUUUCCAGCGAGGAGUCAGACUACUGGACAACAACGCAGUGGAUCAUGUCCUUCAAGUUGGAUUCCACCUCAGCGGCACAGUCACAGAGCCCGGCAACCAACUCUACAAUGAGCCGGAGCAGGUCCACCGCGUCUCCAUCAGCUUCGACCGCUGCAAGAUCACGGCCGUCACCUGCACUUGUGGCAACCGGGACAUCUUCUGGUGUCAGCACGUGGUGGCGCUCUCCCUCUACCGCAUCCGCCAGGCCGGGAGCGUGCAAUUACGGCUGCCCAUCUCGGAGACGCUCCUGCAGAUGGAUCGGGAGCAGCUGCAGAAGUUUGCCCAGUAUUUGAUCACCGCCCACCAUACCAAUGUCUUGCCAACAGCCCAGCAGCUGGCUGAUGAGAUUUUACAGUCCAAGUCUAGAAUCAACCAACUACCGGGUGCCCCAGACCCAACCGCAGGUGCCAGCAUCGAUGAUGAUAGCUGCUGGCACCUGGACACAGAGCAAGUCCAGGAACAAGUCAAGCUUUAUCUCCAGCAAGGGGGCUACUAUGAUUCGGAGAAGCAACUCAACUCAUUAUUUGCCAAGGUACGGGAGAUGUUGCGAGUACGGGACUCCAACGGUGCUAGAAUGCUGACACUCAUCACAGAGCAGUUCAUGGUGGACCCACGGUUACAACUUUGGAAGCAGCAGGGCACUCCGAUGACGGACAAGCACAGGCAGCUCUGGGACCAGCUAGGUUUGCUGUGGAUGGUUGUGGUGAUGAAUCCCGGCUACACCCAGAGGGAGAAGAUGACAUGGAAGGAACAGCUGUUGCAGUGGGGGUCCAACGACCUCUGUCCCCUAGAGGAUGCUGACGCCAGGAACAACCUGACCAACCCCUCUCUUGUUGGUGUUUUGAAUAACCCCCCAGCUGCCUCUGAUGCCGACAGACCCCGCACGAUCUUCACGCGCGCCAUCGAGGCCUGCGAUCUGCAGUGGAACGACAGCCAUCUGCAGGGAAUUCUCAACAACAAGCUCUAUCACAGCAUUCACCACGCCGACACAGAGUUUGGCGGAUUCGACUCGGAGGGCCACCCUCUCUGGUCAGAGCAUCUACCCACAGCCUGUGCCCGAGUGGAUGCCUUGCGAUCGCACGGCUACCCGAAAGAUGCCUUAAGGCUAGCCGUCAGCAUCGUCCGUAACCUCAAGAAGCAGCAAAGAGACAGCCUUAAACAACUCAGACCAUCAGGGAGGAAGGGCAAGCAUCGGAAGGCAUCCCAGAAUGCCGCAUCCUCAAACGAGUCAUCGCACACUGCCAGGAGUAGCACUGAGGCCUGGGUUGGACAUCCGCUGGACCCAAUUGGCUGCCUGAUGGAUACUUUGCUCGACGCGUCCUUGACCGUGGAUAGCAGUACUUCAGGCGCAGAAUCGAGCAACGCAGACAUUGCGGGCAGCAGCUCGCCGCUGCGCCAGUACCGGCACGUGGCCAUUCCGGGCUCCCGCAGCCAGCAGCAGCAGCAGCCCGAGACCUACCUGACGCUGGCCUACGAGGUGGUGCUGGUGGGACUGGGCCAGCAGCGCCUCAUGCCCACGGGGCUGUACGCCCAGGACAAGGCCUGCCACGCCGAGGAGGAGCUGAUCGCCCGGCAUCGGGAGAUCGCCAUGGACCCCAUGCUGGUGGCCGUGCUGCAGCGGCAGGCCACCACGCUCAUGGAAGGAGGCCCAUCAAGUGGUCUUAGUUACCACGUGCCUGCAGAGAGUGUCCCCAUGCACACAUUCGGCCGCUACUUGUUCCAGACUCUACUGCCUUACUAUGAGGAUCUGGCGUACAAAGUAGGGCUUCGAGCUAUGAGACUGCCAAUUUUGGCGGAGGUAUCGAGUAAUCCAGGCAGUGCUGCCAACAGUGUGCUGAUGGGCCGUUACCCGCGAUGGUUUGUGCUGGGCCACAUUGAAGCGCAACAGUGUGAGCUAGCCAGCUGUAUGAUGACCGCUGCAAAAGAUGACGUUUGUCGUUUGCGGACUGUCCUUGAGGCUGCCCAGCAUCACAUCCACAGUGCCUCCCAGCUCUUCAAGCUGGCCCAGGAAGCCUUCAAGGUGGCCACGCCCGUGGACGGCCCCACCCACUACACCCUUCUCAAGGCCACCUUUGACCUGGGCCUGCACAUCAUGCGCAUGACGCUCUCCAACAUGAACUGGCGCCGGCGGGAAAUGGUGCGCUGGAUGGUGACUUGCGCCACAGAGAUCGGCGUGAGUGCCCUGAUCACCAUCAUGCAGUCCUGGUACUCCUUCUUCUCGCCCACGGAGGCCACCACCAUGGUGGCCACCACCAUCAUGGCACCCAACACGGCCGUGCGGCUCAACCUCAGCCUGACGCAGCAAGAGGAGCUGGCUCGCUACGCCCGCAGCGUGGCGCUGCAGUGUGCCUCCAAGGACCCACCCUCCUGUGCGCUCUGCGCACUGACGCUCUGUGAGAAGGACCACGUGACCUUCAAAGCAGCCUACCAGAUCGUGGUAGACGCCGCCUCAGGCCCCAUGAACUCGUCCCAGCUCUUCAUCAUCGCCCGGUACAUGGAGCACCGGGGCUAUGCCAGCCACGCCUACAACCUAGCCGUACUGGCCAUGAGGAACUUAACGUUGGGCUACAACCAGGACACUCAUCCCUCCAUUAACGAUGUGUACUGGGCGUGCGCCCUGAGUCACUCAUUAGGCAGAGAACAACUGAGCAAUAUGAUCCCUCUAGUGGUUAAGAGUGUGCAAUGUGCGUCCGUCCUAGCAGAUGUCUUACACAGAUGUACCUUAACGGCGCCUGGUGUGGGUUGCCUGCCCGAUGGCAAGCGGCGUUGCAUCAAGCUCCUGCCCCACGACAAGGACCCCAUGCGGCAGCUGCUGGAUGCGGCCAUCGCUGCCUACGUCAACACGGCCCACUCCAGACUUACGCACAUCAGCCCCCGCCACUACGGCGACUUCAUCGAGUUCCUCAGCAAGGCACGGGAGACGUUCCUGCUGGCCCCGGACGGCCACAUACGUUUCGCCAAACUCAUAGAGGAUCUGAAGGUCAUGUAUCGGGGGAAAAAGAAACUCAUGCACCUGGUACGGGAGCGGUUCGGAUGACGUGUGGCCAGUCCGAGUGGAAAAAUCGUCAUGUCCUUUUACAAACAAAAAUUAAAAUCGCCCGUCUUGAUAUAAAUGGUUGUAGCCGUCAAUGAUAGCAUCCUUGCUUUUUAUGAAGAAAAGUACAGUUUUUCUGGUCACAGUGCAAAGUUUUUUAAAUUGAGUGUCAACCUGCAACCGCAACUGAACCCCGUUGUUCUGGUUCAAACUAGUUUGUUCCGGUUCAUUCCACUUUAAUCUGGGCCGGUUUGGACCAGUCCACACUCACCAGUCGGACGCAUGUGUGAAAACACAGUGCAAUGAUAUGCCUGUAUUUUUUUUUGCGUGUCAUCAGUGUGUCCCAUGGCAAGGAGUACUCCUGUUCAUCCUGUCUGGACACUGCAACAAGAACUACCAAAACAGUAUUGUAGAAAUCUACAAAACAAUGACAAUAUCAGUUUUAAUGUAUGAAGUUUUUAAAAGAAACAGAGUUUUUAAAAAGAGGGAAAAAAGGAGCCAUUUCCAGUUUUAAAAUGUACACCUUCUCGAUUUGUGCAAGGAAUUUUAUCACCAAAAAUUGUAGAAGUUGUUGACUUUAGCGUGUCGUAACACGUCCAACAGAAAUUCAUUGUUUUCAUAAAAGCAUUGACUCGGACAUUUUUAAACUUCCUGCUAAUGUUGCAAACGAAAAGGAAAAAAUUAAAAAAUCUGAAUGUUGGACGUGAAGAUUAGUUCAUGAACAAGGCUAGAUGUAUAACGGAGUGGAGUUUUUUUUCCUGCUCACAUUUAUUUGCCAAAGAGCCUGGUGGGGAUUAGAGCCCAUAUGGGCCGUGUGAUUCAUAACAUGUGGUGUUGCUUGGGUUAUUUAUGUGGGCUCUCUAGGGCCAGGCAUCGACUUGCCAGUCUCGGCCACAAAACAACAAUCGCUUUAUGAUUCGGGCCCGGUUUCAAUGCUCAGCAUUUCCGUCGACCGCACAUAGAUAAAAUUAUCCGAUAUCCCCACGACUUCCUCCGCCAAUGCUGUACGGGUUUCCCGUUGAUUACCGCCCCAUUACCCAGCAGUCGGGCCCAGUUACGGCUGGUUUCCUUUCGCGUUAGUGCAGCACUGGAGAACAUCCACGGGGGCGCCAUGCUCGCGAACACGUGGAAACAACUGGGUGUCGGUUGAGGACGCCAGCCCCUGGGUUUUUUGGCCCGACCUUUAGGCAAAAACAGCUGGAGGAAUCUGACCUCUUUGCCCUGCAAUGGGAAACAAAUGGCCUAGACGGGACCAGCAUAUAGCACCAAUAAAAAUUGACAGUUUAACCUCCUCUGCAGCCAAUGUUAGGGGCUGGGGGCAUAUUUUCCACCAAUGGAGAUUGAUACCCCUCCAGCUGAAAAGAAAAGAGAGGGCUCAGUGGCUUGAUGAACCCCAAGGGGAAUAUUUCAGGGGCAUUGCCACCUGGGCUUAAGAAAUCAUCGGAGCUUCAGUUAAAAACGUCAAAAUUUGAGAAUUUGUGAUGAUUUUUUUUUUUAACCGAGAACAAGAAAAUGAAAGAAUUGGAAUACCUGUGCUCAACCUUGAGCUUCAAACCCCAACCACCGACCCCCUCCCCCCGUCCUGUCACGUAGUAUGUGUGAUAUUGAUCAUCAGCCAUAAUGGCAGGAAACCGAGCUGGUUUCCCGUCUGGAUACAUCUCCACCUGACACGAGAAACCAGGACCUCACUCAACGAGGCGCGCAUACACACAGGGGCACACGCCCAAGCUUGGCCAGGCUGACACCGCUGGCAAGCAUUAAAGACAAAGCUGGGGUUUGUGUCACCACAGAAGCUGCUUUGAACAUAAUACCGGUGAUGACUGAUGAACACAUUACGGCCUACCCUCUGGGCCUUUUUUCUUUUUCAUGAGGGUCAGGGUUAAACAGGUUCACCUUCGGCUGCAAGUGGGUCGUGAUUUUUGAGAUGUGCAGACUUGUAAUUCCAUGUGUGGACUUGUGAGACCUUGUGUGGACUUGCACAGGUCCACACAAGGCUACCUUCCUGAGGGGGUGGUAAGAGGAAUUCCUUGGUUACUGUUGUCUGUAAUCAAAUGAAAAGGAAAUUAAGGAACUUCUGAGGAAGUCAUGGCCAAACGUACAAGUGAUUCACAACAGUGCGUCUCCAAGAGUUUGCUACGCAUCGGUCAAUCUCGAUGCAUUAAAUGUGUCGACCCAGUGUGCGUUUGUGAAUCGCCCGUAUUCAGGGUGGAAGAGUGUUCAUCUCACUGUUCCCCUGAGCUAUACAGAAACACAGGAAUAUCCACACAAGAUUGCAUACCACAAAUAUAUACGUUUGUCUGCAAAACCAGGUUACAAUUGAUGGACUUUGACAGGGAGUGAGUGGCCACUAGUUCUGGAUUAUGUGGGCCUGCUUUGGUUGAGGUUUGGACUGAGAGCAAAACACCAGAUGGGAGGUGUUCAAAUGUGCCCAGCAUAAUACCUAUAAAUGUUCAAAGCCUUGGCAUUGGGUUAUGACCAGUUGCCAUUGAUUAGCUAGAACUCCAUAAUUAUUCCAAUUACAUGGCAGAAUAGAUAGAGUUUGUAUUUUGCUUAUUUCCUGUUUGUUGGGAAGAGGAACUAGGGGUUAGGAAUUUUUGUUUCUUCCCCUUUCUGUGCCCACCCUCCAUUUUUUUCAGGGGAGGUGUUUUGUUGAGAUUUUUGUUCAUGGUGUAAUUUCUCUUUCGGUUGAAAUUUCAGCGAUUAAGUCCCGAAUAAUUUUUUCCUGUAUCUGGUAUUGUAUGAAAAUGUGUAUCUACCUCAUUUUAUCAUUUUACACUCAUGGAAGUAACCACGUUUGCAUGAUUGUACAAAUGUACUCCAUUAUCUUAAAGCAAAACACUGUUUAGAUGUGAUGUUAUUGUUACAUACAUUAUAAAUAUUUAUGAGUUAGCAGGAGGUACUGCUGCAGUAAACCAGUCAAGUAUCAUAUUCAACAGAACAUAGUAAAGUAUAACCAGUCCCAUUAAACUGCUUUUGCAUAUAUUUACAUAAAUACCAACUCGGGCAUGGUAACCAAGAAAUGGUGGAGUUUAUAGCCUUUGACCCUGGGUGUUGAAGAAGCAUGGACGGAGAAAUCUUGGAUGUUUGGUGCUGCAUAUUUAACGAGAAAGUGUUGCUGCAUAUCUUAAAAACAACAACAGGUUUAAAGGAUUGAGUUUUGGGGGAGACAAUUUGAUUUUGAGAGAUUAGGUUGGGUUGAUUUGAUUGGAAAUGUCUAAAUCGUGUAGAAAACUGCUGUCUGGCCUGACAGAUGUGAACUGCCACAAUGGUGCUGUAAAGGUUUCAAGUGUAGAUGACUGUUUUAGAAAUGAAUACGGAAAAAAAAGUGAAAGCAAGUCUCUAGAUGUUGUAGAAAUAGAGAAUGAACAAAAAAGUUUUAAAAAAGAAAAAAAAA